AUGCAGGUCCUACUAUUGCUGAUGGUUCUUCUCUUACCUUCAGGAGCUGGAGCUGAGGAGAUUAUUUGUGGUGAUGAGGCAAAACCACACUCCCGCCCUUACAUGGCCCAUCUGAAGAUCAUUCGUUACCAUGGUCGCCAAGACAUCUGUGGUGGGGUUCUCAUAACCCCCCAAUUUGUGCUGACUGCUGCACACUGUAAAGGAAGCAAAAUCACUGUCAUUCUUGGAGCUCAUAAUGUGAGCAAGACAGAAUCCACACAGCAGAAGAUAAAAGUUGAAAAACAAAUCAAUCACCCAAACUUUAUUUGGAAUUUGCAUUUCAAUGACAUCAUGCUGCUGAAGCUUGAAGAGCAAGCUAAGUUGACUCCUGCUGUGGAUGUAAUUCCCCUGCCUGGUCCCUCUGACUCUAUCAAGCCUGGGGAGACGUGCUGGGCAGCAGGCUGGGGGCUAACUGGAGUGACAGAACCUACCUCAGAUACCCUGAGGGAGGUAGAUCUGAGAAUCAUGGAUAAAGAGGCCUGUGUAAAACAUAAGUAUUAUGACGAUAACAUCCAGGUCUGCGUAGGCAGUCCCACAAUGUUAAAUUCUGUAUACAAGGGAGACAUUGGGGGACCUCUAGUGUGUGCUGGUGUGGCCCAUGGUAUUGCAUCCUAUAAUAGUUAUCCAGUUGAAAAGCCCCCUUCAGUUUUUACUCGAAUCUCCUCAUACAUGCCCUGGAUUAAUGAUGUCUUAAAUGGAAAGUAG